AAUCCACUUAGGAAAAAAAAAAAAAAAAAUCAGAAAUAUGUUUAUGCAGAAAUCGAAUUGGAGAAACCGAGUAACUGGUAGCCACAGAUGAGUUCGUCGUUUUUGACCAGAUCUGAUUGUUUUCGUCUUUGACGUUGAAUAAUCCUCCGCCUCCUUCUUCUCUCAUCCGAUCGCGAUUUUGGUUCCGAGAGAAGUUUUGCUUUUUGGUGGAUUUCAUCUGACAGACAUGUCAGACGCUCUUUCUGCGAUUCCGGCCGCCGUUCAUCGCAAUCUCUCCGAUAAACUCUAUGAGAAGCGCAAAAAUGCUGCGCUUGAGCUUGAGAAUAUUGUGAAGAAUCUAACUUCUUCGGGUGAUCAUGACAAGAUCUCGAAAGUCAUUGAGAUGUUGAUUAAGGAAUUUGCCAAAUCCCCUCAAGCUAAUCAUCGAAAGGGUGGUCUAAUUGGCUUAGCUGCAGUAACAGUUGGUUUGUCUACAGAAGCUGCUCAAUAUCUUGAGCAAAUAGUGCCACCUGUGAUUAAUUCCUUUUCUGAUCAAGAUAGCCGAGUUCGGUACUAUGCAUGUGAAGCUCUCUAUAAUAUUGCAAAGGUUGUGCGAGGCGAUUUCAUUAUUUUCUUCAAUAAGAUUUUUGAUGCCUUAUGCAAACUCUCAGCAGAUUCUGAUGCCAAUGUCCAAAGUGCUGCUCAUCUUUUAGAUCGCCUUGUUAAGCAGGAUAUUGUGACGGAAAGCGAUCAGUUCAGUAUUGAGGAAUUCAUACCUCUUUUAAAAGAGCGCAUGAACGUUCUAAACCCUUAUGUUCGGCAAUUUCUGGUUGGAUGGAUCACUGUUCUUGAUAGUGUUCCAGACAUUGAUAUGCUUGGGUUUUUGCCAGACUUUCUCGAUGGGUUAUUCAAUAUGUUGAGCGACUCUAGUCAUGAAAUUAGACAGCAGGCUGAUUCAGCUCUUUCAGAGUUUCUUCAAGAGAUAAAAAAUUCACCAUCUGUAGAUUAUGGUCGCAUGGCUGAAAUAUUGGUGCAGAGGGCUGCUUCUCCUGAUGAAUUCACUCGAUUAACAGCCAUUACGUGGAUAAACGAGUUUGUAAAACUUGGGGGAGACCAGCUUGUGCGUUAUUACGCUGAUAUUCUUGGGGCUAUCUUGCCUUGCAUAUCUGACAAAGAAGAGAAAAUCAGGGUGGUUGCUCGUGAAACCAAUGAAGAACUUCGUUCAAUCCAUGUUGAACCCUCGGAUGGUUUUGACGUUGGUGCAAUUCUCUCUGUUGCAAGGAGGCAGCUAUCAAGUGAUUUUGAGGCUACUCGGAUUGAAGCAUUGAAUUGGAUAUCAACACUUUUGAACAAACAUCGUACUGAGGUCUUGUGCUUCCUGAAUGACAUAUUUGACACCCUUCUAAAAGCACUAUCUGAUUCUUCAGAUGACGUGGUGCUCUUGGUUCUGGAGGUUCAUGCUGGUGUAGCAAAAGAUCCACAACACUUUCGCCAGCUCAUCGUAUUUCUAGUCCACAAUUUCCGAGCUGAUAAUUCUCUUUUGGAAAGGCGUGGUGCCCUUAUCGUCCGAAGAAUGUGUGUACUUUUGGAUGCCGAAAGAGUCUACCGAGAGCUCUCUACAAUUCUUGAGGGAGAAGAUAAUCUUGACUUUGCUUCUACCAUGGUUCAGGCAUUGAAUUUGAUUUUGCUUACUUCCCCGGAAUUAUCGAAACUAAGAGAUCUUUUAAAAGGUUCACUCGUCAAUCGCGAAGGGAAAGAACUUUUCGUUGCCUUGUAUACUUCAUGGUGCCAUUCACCCAUGGCAAUUAUAAGCCUCUGCUUAUUGGCUCAGGCUUACCAGCAUGCGAGUGUCGUGAUUCAAUCAUUGGUAGAAGAAGACAUUAACGUCAAAUUUCUAGUACAGCUUGAUAAAUUGAUCCGGCUUCUUGAAACUCCAAUCUUUACUUACCUUAGAUUGCAGCUUCUGGAACCAGGAAGGUACACAUGGUUGCUGAAAACACUUUAUGGUCUUCUAAUGUUACUUCCUCAGCAAAGUGCGGCGUUCAAGAUACUUAGGACAAGACUCAAAACUGUACCAACGUACUCAUUCAGUACUGGAAACCAAAUAGGCAGAACAACUUCAGGAGUUCCUUUCUCUCAGUAUAAGCAUCAAAACGAGGACGGUGACUUAGAGGAGGAUAAUAUCAACAGUUCUCACCAAGGAAUCAAUUUUGCUGCGCGGCUACAACAGUUUGAGAACGUACAAAAUCUACAUCGCGGCCAGGCAAGGACUAGAGUGAACUACUCAUAUCACACUUCCUCUUCUUCUACAUCAAAGGAGGUGGGGAGAUCUGAAGAACAACAACAGCAGCAACAACAACAACAACAACAACAACAGCAACAACAACGACCACCACCUUCUUCGACAUCAUCAUCAGUUGCAGACAACAAUCGACCUCCAUCAAGAUCUUCAAGAAAAGGCCCUGGUCAAUUACAGCUUUAACCUACCUGGUAAUCAAUCAUAUAUAAUAAAUAAUAUCAAUCCCCGACAAUCAUCAUCAUCUUCUUCUUCUUUGUGUGGACACCACCGAUCCCUUUUGUCUCCUGUAAAAUUGUAUAUCUCUCUUUUUUAGUAACUCUUCAAGUUUCGACGGAACUUGUGGAAAAGCUACGGUCGUGUCCAUCCUCUCUCUCUCUGUCGGGUUUUUUUUUUUUUUUUUACGAGAGAUUCUUCUUCAGUCCCCCAGUCUACCUUAUAUUUUUUUGGGUUUCGUUUCUUGAAUUUGUUUCAUUGUUUGGAGCUUUUAUAUUCUACCUUUUGUGGAUGUAAGGAAAAGAAGUGAUCAUGUGGUUUUGUGUUGUUUUUUUAUAACUGGAAAACCACAUGAGUUUGUAGAGGUGACUUAUUGGAUAUUUUUAUGUUGAA